UAUAAACACCUCAAUCGGAAUAAAAAUGCCCAAACCGAAUGAAAUUGUAAUCGGUUUGAGAGGGGUGGGAUAAACCUUUCUAUAAACCGAACAAAAUUAAAAUCCUGCCAUGUAAACACUUUAAACCGAUUACUUUGCGUCUACGUCAUCACGUCCAGAGGUCGGGUCGUCAGAACGUGAACGUGAUGAUGUCGGCAACGGUACAUUCUGUGAUUUGGGGACACCGACACUACAGUAGAGAUAAUUCAUAAUUUCCGAUCUGCUUGAAUUUACGUGCUCACGCCAUGAAUGUUGUACGAAACACGAUUGUGAUAAAGCAAUGCUCCUUUGAUUCAUUGUUCAGCAACUCUUGGUGCAUAUCUAAUCGUUUGUGCGAAGAGUGGAUGCUGAAGCACACUUUGCAGGACAUGGAGGCGCCAGAGCUGUCACUUGCAUUUUUUUUCUUGAUAGUGGAAACAACUUCAAAUACGCCAUAAUUUUUGCUCAUAAAGCCUUAAAGUGUGUAUGUCACUUGUGUGUAAACCACACCUGUGAGACAGAGGCAGAAGGAGCAUGUUGGAACUCAGUAAUGCUCAUAAAUGGGAAGGAGGAGGCCGUGAAGUCUUGCCUGUCCCCAUCAGAGCUCAAGGGUCAGGUGUUCUGCUACAGCUCCCGAAACGUCUCCAAACGCAAUUGCUGCUUUACAGACUUCUGCAACAAUGAGACGCUACACCUCAAUCCAGAACCACCGCCUGAGGGGUCUGGCUGGAGUCAGCUGGAACUAGCAGCCGUAGUUCUUGUGCCAUCGUGCCUGGUGUGUGUAGGUGUCAUUCUGGGAAUGUGUGCCGUACAAAACCUGCGGUGCAACCACAUAAAAGCCCACAAACAGGAUCCAGAGGAACCCCUGGAUGACCAGACUCUGGUGUCACCUGACAAAUGCCUAAAAGAGCUUAUCUAUGACAUGAGCACCUCUGGCUCGGGAUCAGGAUUGCCCCUAUUGGUCCAGAGAACGAUUGCUCGAACUAUUGUCCUGCAGGAGAGUAUUGGGAAGGGGCGCUUUGGGGAAGUGUGGAGGGGCAAAUGGAGGGGGGAGGACGUCGCUGUGAAGAUCUUCUCCUCACGAGAUGAACGCUCCUGGUUUCGUGAGGCUGAGAUUUAUCAGACCAUCAUGCUACGCCAUGAGAAUAUUUUGGGUUUUAUCGCUGCUGAUAACAAAGAUAAUGGCUCAUGGACACAGCUGUGGCUGGUGUCUGAGUAUCAUGAGCACGGGUCUCUCUUUGAUUACCUGAACAGAUACACAGUAUCAGUGGAGGGGAUGAUAGUUCUGGCACUGUCCAUUGCCAGUGGCAUUGCCCACCUGCAUAUGGAGAUUAUUGGCACUCAAGGGAAACCUGCCAUUGCUCACAGAGACAUAAAGUCAAAGAACAUUCUGGUUAAGAAGAAUGGAACUGCUGUGAUUGCUGAUCUUGGUCUGGCUGUCAAACACGACUCCAACACCAACACUAUUGACAUCCCCGUUAACCACAGAGUGGGCACCAAGAGGUACAUGGCUCCCGAGAUCCUGGAUGAUUCCAUAAACAUGAGCAGCUUUGAGUCAUUUAAGCGUGCUGAUAUCUAUUCACUUGGCCUGGUGUUCUGGGAACUUGCUCGCAGAUGUUCCGUCCAAGGGAUUUAUGAAGAUUUCCAGUUGCCUUAUUAUGACCAGGUGCAAUCAGACCCAUCAAUGGAUGAUAUGAGGAAGGUGGUGUGUGAACAGAAACUCCGACCCAACAUUCCCAACCAGUGGCAGAGCUGCGAGGCACUGAGGGUUAUGGGUAAGAUCAUGCGAGAGUGCUGGUACACCAAUCCAGCUGCUCGUCUGACAGCACUACGUGUUAAGAAGACUGUGUCUCAGUCAAUAGAUGGUGAUAGAGUACUGAUAUACUGCUACCUCAACUGAUCCUGUAAGUGCCAAAUGCUUGGAGUUGCACUUGUUAUGCUUUGUGCCAUUAAUGUUUUGCUUGGUGUAACUUAAAAAUAUACAGUGUUAAAAAUAUGUCAAAAUGUCUAUACACACAGACAGACAAACAGGACCAACAUUUUUUUUUUUUUAAGACCAUGUGUUGACGUCAGACAGCACAAUGUGGUCUGCAAAAGUAAGCUUGUUUUUUUUUUAGCCAAGCUUUGCGCAGAUUGUGGUUUCCUGGCACUAUUUUUUUCUACUGUUUUACACAUCUCUCAUCAUUUUUGAUUGUUCCGUGUACCUGUUGAAACCUGAAGGAUGAUUUCCUGUAAGCCCUGUCAUUUCUGAAUGUAAAGAGAAAAGUUUGCGUUUUGUGCAUGUGCAGAUGUCUGGUCCAAACCUUGAUGUCAAAAGAGGGGGGAAAACAAAAACAAAAAACUAUCGUCCAAAGCCUUUUAACCAGAUUCUUCUCAGAGCAGGGGUCUCCAACCUUUUAUACACCACAGACAGGUGAAAAUAUUUAUGUGGACCAGCUGGGUGUUAAUGGGGUGUUUGAGGUGUGAUCAUAGCAAUCAUUAAUUAUUAUUUUUUUACAUUUAAUUUACAUGAAAUCAGCACAAUUAUGAUUCACAAAGCUAUUGAUGUGAUUUUAACAACUUCAUUCAGCAUAGAGUGAAGUUCCAGACAUGUUACACCUAGCCUGGUGUCUAGAUUCAAAUUCGGGUGCAACUUCUUUGACUCAAGUAGUGAAAUCAGACAGCCGCCCAUUCGUAGAUGCUACUCUGUCUGCAUAUUCCAAUGCAAAAGGAUCAAAUUUGCCUGAUAUGUAGUCAUUCAGAGUCUUGAAAAUCUCUGCCCCAGUUGUACCAGUUGACACUAAACGCACCCACAUACUCAUGCUCUUUGUACACUUUGGCUUGAAAUAUAUAUAACAUAAACGAGCAGUAUUUCCUUGUUAUCAACAUUGGUCAAUUUGUCGAGCUGCAGAGCUACAGUGACUCGUUUAGCCUGUCACUUCAGUGUCUUCAGUGUCAUCUAUUCUCAGUCUGAAAGCGGUAGCUGAAAGGGCUUCUUUAGUUAGAUGGUCAGCCAAGUAUGACACACUUAGUGCAGCUAUGUUUGUAGACAUGGUGGCUUUCAUUGACCCAUUUGCUAAUGCACAUGCUCCAAAGCAUGUGAAUGGCCCAUAGCCACAAAACCAAAUUUUAGAUACAAGUCAUCACAUUUUUGGUAAAAGGUGGCUUUCCUUUUUAUUAUCAAUAGGUGCGUUAUUGCCCUUCUGUGUACUUUUCCUACCUCCUUAACUAAAGAAACUUUUAAGGGACGUAUAGCCUCUAGGUUGGGGACCUCUGAUCUAGAGGACUUCUGAAUGCCAAUGUGAAAUAUAUGACUGUGAAGAAAGUAUACAUUUUAUACCGUUAAUACUCAAGUAGUACUUUAUUGCACUAUACAAAGGCUCCAAGCUGCUGAACAAUAGUAAUCGACAUUCAACUUACAUAUUUAAAAUGAUGGAAUAGCCCAGAAUAUCUGAAACCAAACAUAAAAUGUUGUGUGUAUAAAUAGUCAUGGGAGUGUAUUGGAGCAUUGUCAUUUCUUAAAGUUUAUAACUGCAUAACUACUUGUCUGCUAAAUAUUGUGCUUUAAGUCUGUGUGGUCUUUGUGUUGUUUCACUGAGAUUUAAGGCUGUUCACUAGGGAUUUCUCUAUUAGCAGUCUCGAGAUGUGUGUUUGUGUAACUGAAUGUGUGUGAUUUAUAUGCCUUGUGAGGUUCUUGUGCAUACAGAGUUCUACUUUUUGUACAGCUGUAAUCUGGAUCAUUCUUGUCUGUAAAUGAUAUCACUUUGAAUGUCUGAUUUGUGUUCAAAUUGCCUCUGUUAUGACACUAACAAAGCUUGUAUUUACGGGCUUUUACAAACUCUAUGAAGUAUAUGCAUAUGAUGCAUGUUAUAUUUUAGUCUUAAGUCUUUCAUCAGACAUGGACAUAGUUUGCUAAAUGCUUUGCAUAAACAUCCAUAUUCAAAUAUUUAUUCAAUCUGUACCAAAAAUAAAGUAUUUUCAUGAA